AUGGCUUCAUUUCUCCUUUCGCCUUCGUCAUUUUGGCUGUUUGAUAUGCCCUCAACCAAUGCUGAACUCGUAUUCGCUCUCCCCAAUACAUGGAAGCGUAUCCUCCCCAUUUCUGUGGUUGCAACAGGAUAUAACCCCCCAAAUUGGCUCCUAAUUGCCACUAUGGUUGUCAAACCCAAUGGAUGA